UCGGGGAGGGGGUGGGCGUGUCCGGGCGGCGCGCGGGUCGCUCGGCGGCAGUGUCGGCGGCGCCAUGUCGAUGGAGGACCCCUUCUUCGUGGUGAAGGGGGAGGUGCAGAAGGCUGUGAACACUGCCCAGGGGCUCUUCCAGAGGUGGACGGAGCUCUUGCAAGAUCCCUCCAUUGCCACAAGAGAAGAAAUCGACUGGACCACCAAUGAGCUCAGAAACAACCUGCGGAGCAUUGAGUGGGACCUGGAAGACUUGGAUGAAACAAUCAGCAUCGUUGAGGCAAACCCACGGAAAUUCAACCUGGAUGCCACAGAGCUGGGGGUCAGGAAAGCCUUCAUCACCAGCACGAGGCAGGUGGUCAGGGAUAUGAAGGACCAGAUGUCAAACUCCUCCAUGCAAGCACUGGUUGAAAGGAAAAACAGGCAGGUGCUCCUGGGAGAAAGUGGGAGUCAGAGUUGGAGCUCUGGACCUGACAAAUACAGCCGCCUGGACCGGGAGCUGCAAUUAGCAAAUUCACACUUCAUCGAGGAGCAGCAAGCUCAACAACAGCUGAUUGUGGAGCAGCAGGAUGAGCAGCUGGAGCUGGUCUCUGGCAGCAUCGGGGUGCUGAAGAACAUGUCCCAGCGCAUUGGUGGGGAGCUGGAGGAGCAGGCAGUGAUGCUGGAUGACUUCUCCCAUGAGCUGGACAGCACUCAGUCACGGCUUGACAACGUCAUGAAAAAGUUGGCCAAAGUCUCUCACAUGACAAGUGAUCGGCGGCAGUGGUGUGCAAUUAUUGUCCUCUUCCUCAUCUUGCUGGUGGUGCUCAUCCUGUUUUUCAUCCUGUGAUGGACAGAACUUCCUCGGGUGCUCCCUCUCAGCCCCUUUGCCCCCCGUAACAGGGGAAAUGAAACUCUCACUGUUUCCAUCCGCCCACAGAGAGCCCCGGCAAGAAACCCCCCACCCAGCUCUCACCGUUCUCCUCUGAGGACCACGGCUCAGCUCUGCUGGUGUCUCACCUGGCCCUGGGGAGAGGGGCUGGAGGACUGGGGCUGCCUUCUCCUCUGUUGUGGGGCCACGGCCACGGGCUCCAGGUCUGGACCUAGGGCAGCAAGAGGGGGAACUUCAACCCUGUGCCUCCAGCCCAGGCAGGUAGGAGCCGGCUGAGCUGGAGAUACAGAGCAGCCAGCUCUGGGGAGGACAGGACGUGAGGGAGGGAGGGGAAUUAAUGAAUUCACUGAGCAUUACAAACCAUGUCAGCAGCCUCCCCGGGAGGAGCGGUGAUGGGAAACCCCGCACAGGCACGGUGAGGGAGGGGAGCCCCGGCCGGACUCCCCCCGCCCCACAGGCCGGCUCGCUGCUGCCCCAAACGGUGACACCAGUCAGAGGGUGAGCCCGGGCAGGGCGUUCCCACCCAGCCCCCUCCUCGGCAGGAGCUGACAGGAUAGGUGCGGGGUGAAGCCAUCAGGUUAGAAACCCCAGAGCGUUACUCCUGGGGUCUCGGUGCACGCUGAAAGCUGGCAGACAGCCGCUGGCCAGAGAGCAAGAUUCUGAAAGCUUUCAAAUUGCCUCCUUCGUUAUACAAGCCUCUAAAGCUCACUAACUGAUGCUUUCUUUGCUCCUUGUAUAACUGAGUAACUGCUUCUGUUUUAACAGCUGCUUCUCUUUGGCAAGUGAUUUGUCAGGUCUAAAAUAACUUAUUUUUUUUAAAGAAAAAAAAACCUGUAAAGAUUUUUUGAUGACCAUUGGAGCCACAUUCUCUCUGCGGGUGCACGACACGUGUUAGUUAUCAGAGGGAUGGGGCUCAAUCAUGUACUUCAAGUGCAUAUGACCUUGUAAAUAGGAUGUCUUCAUUUUCCCCACCCACUAUUUUUUGGGACACCUCUAUUAAAAAAGCAAAAGUCAGGCAACUCAGUGCUAGGUCACGUUUCUCAAUCUCUUCCCAGUCCUUUUGUUACCUUUGAGUUGUUUGUCACAGGAGCUGUCUCAGCAGUGUUGGGUAGCAUGUUGUCUGCCUCAUACAGUGAAUUAGGAGUCAGCAGGUGGUUGAUACUAAAAUGUGGUGGAAAAAGCUCAGCCUGACAGUCCCACUGGGGAGGAACGUGGACAGAGAGGUCACACUGCAAGCACCGAGUGCAGGACCAAGGGUGACUCCUCAGGAAAGCAAAAUUAGUUUCUUCCUGAGGCCUGUUCCCAUAUUUAAGUUGCAGGCACCAAAAGAGUGGGGACAGGGUGGCUUCUGCCUCCCAUCUGGGUCUCAGGUGGGGCUGGGGGAGGAAGUCAAUGGGUGCUGAUGCUAAGAGCCUUGUUCUGAAAUUGGAAAUCACCCCUGAGAAAUGAUCCUCCCUGAGCAGGAAGCUCACCAGCAGGCAGCUCUCCCUCCAGGGUGCAUAGCCCCUAUGGAAUGCUCUUCCCAGUGGGGUCUAUGGCUCCCUUCAAGUGGCUUUGUGACCCCCCCGUGUCCCCCACACCCCGUGGGUGCUGACAGCCAGCAGCACCGUGCCUUGCCCAGCCAUGCUGGGGUGGAACCCAGCACCCAUCCUGACCACACACGUGCCCACAGCACCAACCUCCACUGAUUGUUCCAGGAGCUGAUCCUGAUCCUUGUGGAGCUCCUCACGUCUUUGGGUUCUGCUGCAGGAAUCGGGCAGUGUCUCCUUGCCAAGGCAGUGCCAGGGCAGCUCCUCAGGCUUUGUCCAAGAGCAGGUUCCCAGGAGCAGGAGUCCUGCCCGGGGCAGGGGGACACCUCCCACUCCCUGGUAUUGUCAGCACGGUGGUUCCUCCUCUGGGAAUGGCUCCCAGCAAUCCCUGCAGGACUGCCACUCCAUUAGCCUGGGAUACUGCUGGAGGGUGGCCCAGCUGCUGGCAUCACCCACAUGCCACCAAACUGUCCUUGGUCCUUUUUCUCCCUGUAUGUUUGUUUUUUCUGUUGCUGGUGGUGCCCCUCCCUUUAAAUAAAGGCACUGCUGCUGCCUGAUGGAUGGAUCCCUGCUGGCACCCUGCAACAGGAUCCGUGUCCUGUACCCCAGGCAAGCUGC